UAGUUUGGGCAUGAGUGUAGAGGACGGGGGUGUGCCAGGCCUGGGCCAUCCCAGGCAGGCCCGCUGGACCCUGAUGCUACUCCUGUCCACUGCCAUGUACGGAGCCCAUGCCCCAUUGCUGGCACUGUGCCACGUGGAUGGCCGUGUGCCCUUCCGACCGUCUUCGGCUGUAUUGCUGACUGAACUGACCAAGCUGCUGCUGUGCGCCUUCUCCCUCCUGGUGGGCUGGCAAGCAUGGCCCCAGCAGACCCCACCCUGGCGCCAGGCCGCCCCGUUCGCACUAUCAGCCCUGCUCUACGGCGCCAGCAACAACCUGGUGAUCUACCUUCAACGUUACAUGGACCCCAGCACCUACCAGGUGCUGAGCAAUCUCAAGAUUGGAAGCACAGCCCUGUUCUACUGCCUCUGCCUCCGACACCGCCUCUCUGCACGCCAGGGCUUAGCACUGCUGCUGCUCAUGGCAGCAGGAGCCUGCUAUGCAGCUGGUGGCCUGCAGGACCCUGGGAACACCCUUCCUGGGCCCCCUUCCGCAGCUGCUGCAGGCCCCAUGCCCCUGCAUAUCAGUCCACUGGGACUGCUGCUUCUCAUCCUGUACUGCCUCAUCUCAGGCUUGUCUUCCGUGUACACAGAGCUGCUCAUGAAGCGACAGCGGCUGCCCCUGGCACUUCAGAACCUCUUCCUCUACACUUUCGGUGUGCUCCUGAACCUAGGUCUGCAUGCAGGUGGCGGCCCCGGCCCAGGCCUCCUGGAGGGUUUCUCAGGAUGGGCAGCACUUGUAGUGCUGAGCCAGGCACUAAAUGGGCUGCUCAUGUCAGCUGUCAUGAAGCACGGCAGCAGCAUCACACGCCUCUUCGUUGUGUCCUGCUCGCUAGUGGUCAACGCUGUGCUCUCAGCAGCCCUGCUGCAGCUUCAGCUCACAGCUGCCUUCUUCCUGGCCACGCUGCUCAUUGGCCUGGCUGUGCGCCUGUACUAUGGCAGUCGCUAG